CUUCUCUUCUCUUCACUCUGCUCAAUUUGUGAGAUUCCAAAGCAAUUCUUUGCUGCCAACACAAUGGAUUCAAGAGCUUACAUCCUUAGAGUCACCAUUGCAAUUCUUUGCAUCUCAAUGCUAGCUUCCACUCUUUUCCCUGUGUGUGAUGCUAUAAAUCAUGGAAGAGCAAUAAGGGGUCACAAAAUCCGUAGAAGCUCCCCAAUCAAAUCUUUAAAGAAACUGAAAAUAAAAUCUUUAAGACAUUUAAACAAGUACACACCAUUUGAUUCAUUUGGGUACUCAGACUUUGAUUCAUAUGGGUACUCAAACUUUGAUGAUUCAUAUGGCUCUCCCUCUUCCCUACCCUUACCACCUUUCAAUUCACUAGCACCACAUCCACAACCUACACCAUCAAGUUCCAUUGCUCCUCCAAAUUUGGCACCUCCAAGCAUAGGUGGCAACUCCUCUCUCCCAGCACUCUCACCAGUUCCAAGCUCACCUCAUGGUGCUGUCUUUGGGCCACCAAACCCAAGAAGCAUGCCACCACCUCCUUAUCCCUCAAGCCCACCAAAGCAUGCUCCAAGCCUAAGCCCACCAAAGAGUGCUCCAAGCCUAAACCCACCACCACUAGUGUACCUCCCACCUGUUGUGUUCCCACCACCCCCUUCACCUUCUACGCACCGCAAAAAGCCGCCACAAUACGCACUUUGGUGUGUGGCAAAGCCCACGGUUCCUGACCCAAUAAUUCAGGAGGCCAUGGACUAUGCCUGUGGGUCUGGUGCGGAUUGCAAGUCAAUUCAGCCCAAUGGAAUGUGCUUCCAGCCCAACACUUUGCUGGCCCAUGCUUCGUAUGCCUUCAAUAGCUACUGGCAGAACACUAAGAUUGGUGGAGGCACGUGUGAUUUUGGUGGAACUGCCAUGCUAGUCACUGUUGAUCCAAGCUAUGACAAAUGCAACUUCAUGUUGACUUAGCUGCCCUUGCCAUAUAGCACAUGUUUGGAGACAUAAUGUUCAGUGUUCAAAUAUUCUCUCUCAUCCCAACAUGGAUUUUUGAUGUAACAAUAAUAAUUAAUUCCCUGGCCCAUAAGUUAUUGGAGCUACGUAGGUUGUCUUUCCCCCCUUUCUUCUCGGAUUAUUAUAGCUGUCGUAUUUGGAAGUAUCUUAUCUUUUUUGUAAUAAUCUCAUUAUUUUUAUCGCCAUUUCAUUAUCAUGUUCGUUUU